UCCAACAAACACACGUACUGUUCCAGAAAGCAACCAACCAGGAUGCUUCCGUUCAAAUGGUUCUCUGUAUCUUCCAUUGCUUGCUUCCAUCCUCAUCUCACUCUCAAGCACCUUCACCUUCACGAAUCUCUCUUAUCAAUCAAUAACAACCGGCCAACAUGUCCCCGUUAAUCACUUCCCGCCGGAGCUUCCACUUCCUCGUCCUCUUCUCCUUCAUCUCCCUCCUCUCCCGCGCCUCCUCCGACGAACGCCACACCCUUCUCACCAUCAAAGCCGCCCUGCAAACCACCAAUAAUGUGUUUGAUUCCUGGCAGACCACCAAUUCAGUCUGCCAUUUCACCGGAAUCACCUGCCACCCCGACGGCUCCGUCCAAGGAAUCGAGCUAUCCAACCAAGGCCUCUCUGGCACCGUCCCGUUCGAUUCGAUUUGCCAGCUCAAAUCCAUCGAAAAGCUCUCUCUCGGCUGCAAUUCACUCCACGGAAUUGUCUCCGAUGAUUUGAGAAACUGCGUGAAGUUGAAGUACUUGGAUAUCGGCAACAAUUUGUUCUCCGGUUCGGUUCCGGAUAUCUCGCCGCUGAAUGGAUUGAAUUAUCUGUACAUGAAUUCCAGUGGAUUUUCCGGCGUUUUUCCGUGGAAUUCGCUGACCAAUAUGACGGGUUUGAUCGAUUUGAGUGUUGGGGACAACCCGUUUGAUCGGACCCCUUUUCCCGACGUGGUGGCGGAAUUGAAUCAGCUGAAUUGGCUUUACUUAGCAAAUUGUAGCAUCGAAGGUCGGAUUCCUUGGAAAAUCGGAAACCUGAAGGAGCUCGUGAACUUGGAGCUCUCCGACAACUACCUCUCCGGUGAAAUCCCCGCGGAAAUUUCGAAGCUUUCGAAGCUGAGGAUGCUCGAACUGUACAACAACGACUUCACGGGAAAAUUCCCACCCGGGUUCGGUAACCUCACGAAGCUUCAGAUGUUCGACGCCUCGCAGAACCGUCUGGAAGGCGAUUUGUCAGAGCUCAAGUCGAUGACCGAGCUGGUGACUCUGCAACUUUUCGAGAACCAGUUUUCCGGCGAGGUGCCGGCGGAGUUUGGGGACUUCAAGAAGCUCGUAAACUUGUCGCUUUACACGAAUAACUUCAUUGGCUUGCUUCCCGAGCGGCUCGGCUCGUGGGCAGAGUUUGAUUACAUCGACGUGUCGGAGAAUAACCUGACGGGUCCAAUUCCGCCGUGGAUGUGUAAAAGAGGGACGAUGAAAAAGCUCUUGAUGCUUCAGAACAGCUUCACCGGCGAGAUUCCAGCUACGUACGGUAACUGUACGUCGUUGACUCGUUUCCGGGUCAGCAACAACUUGCUCUCCGGCGUGGUUCCGAGCCAAUUAUGGGCGCUACCAAACGUCGGAUUGAUCGAUAUUGCGUUCAAUAAAUUUGAAGGUCCGAUUACGUCCGAUAUCGGGAAGGCGAAGUCUUUGGCGCAGCUAGUUGUCAAUAACAAUCGAUUAUCCGGUGAAUUGCCGCCGGAGAUUUGUAGAGCCAAAUCGUUGGGUGAGAUUGAUCUGAGUUAUAAUCUAUUUUCCGGCCGUAUUCCGGCGGAAAUCGGCCAACUCGAAGAACUAUACAAACUUCAUUUACAGAGCAACAAUUUCUCGGGUCCAAUUCCGGACAGUGUUGGCUCUUGUAGAGCUCUCGCCGACUUAAGCAUGGCGGAAAAUUCACUUUCGGGAGAGGUCCCGGCCUCCAUUGGAUCAUUACCUUCUCUAAACGCGUUCAACCUGUCCAGAAAUGAACUCUCCGGUCAAAUUCCGCCGAGCCUGUCAUCUUUAAGACUAAGCCUUCUUGAUCUCUCCUACAACCGGUUAACCGGACCCAUACCCCGUUCCCUUUCGUUUCAGGCCAAUAACGGUAGCUUCGCAGGAAAUAGCGGCCUCUGCAGUGAGAACAUCAAGAAUUUCCGGCGAUGUUCGUCGGGCUCCGGCAGCUCCCAGGAGAACUGGAUAAUUGUGCUCGGCGUGGCAGUGGGUGCCGUUGUGUUGCUUCUCUCAGUUUCAUGUUUCUUGUACAUGAAGAAGAGCCAAAAAGAUCGAGAAAGAUCAUUCAAGGAUGAUUCCUGGGACGUGAAAUCUUUCCAUGUCUUGACCUUCACGGAGGAUGAGGUUCUUGAUUCAAUCAAGAAGGAGAACGUAAUCGGAAAAGGUGGGUCUGGAGAUGUGUAUAAGGUUGUGUUGCCUAAUGGCACAGAGCUGGCCGUGAAGCACAUUUGGACCUCGGAUUCCUGUGGCCGGAAGGUCGGAAGCGCCAAGCCGAUGCUGUCGAAAGGUGCCCGGAAGUGUCGGGAAUUCGACGCAGAGGUAGAAACACUGAGCUCCAUAAGGCACGUUAACGUGGUGAAGCUAUACUGCAGCAUAACCAGCGAUGACUCGAGCUUCUUGGUUUACGAGUACUUGCCUAAUGGGAGCCUGUGGGAUCAGCUGCAUGCUAACAGGAAGUUGGCAAUGGAUUGGGAAACCAGAUAUGAGAUAGCUCUUGGGGCGGCCAAGGGGCUAGAGUACCUGCACCUCGGCUGCGAUCGGCCGGUGAUCCACCGAGACGUCAAGUCGAGUAACAUCUUGCUGGAUGAAGACAUGAGGCCCCGGAUCGCCGACUUUGGGCUGGCCAGGAUUGUUCAGGCAAAUGCAAUCAAGGACUCCACCCAAGUGAUCGCUGGAACGCCCGGCUAUAUCGCUCCCGAGUAUGGGUAUGCCCGCAAGGUGAACGAGAAGUGCGAUGUUUAUAGCUUCGGGGUGGUUUUGAUGGAGCUUGUGACCGGGAAGAGGCCUAUUGAGGCAGAGUACGGGGAGGAUAAUGACAUUGUGCACUGGGUAUCAAGCAAAUUGAAGAGUAGAGAGAGUGUGCUAGGCCUGGUGGACUCCCAAAUCCCUGCAGAUUAUAGCGAAGACGCAAUCAAGGUGUUGAGAAUUGCCAUUCUCAGCACAGCCAGGCUUCCAACCCAUAGGCCUACAAUGAGAAGCGUGGUUCAGAUGCUUGAAGAAGCUGCCCCAGCCCCUUGUAAAUUGGUGGGCAUCAUCAUCGGCAAAGAUGGUGCUGCCAACAAAGAUACCACAAAGUUUGGGGAUGCUCACCCUAAUUAAUCGGGAUUAGGGUUUGCAACCAAAUUUUAUUCUGUUUUACGGUUACUCGAAAUCACAACGAAAAUUAUUUUGAGCCUCAAGACACCACAUUAAUAAAAAAAAUUUGAUGUUCUGAAUCAAUGAAGUGAGGGCACGUAUUAGUGAUAAUGUCAAAUUCGUAAAAAUAUUUUACGAAUUUAACAUUAUCACUAACACGGCUCAAUAUCUCACCGGUUUAGGACAUCAAAUUUUUUUUUAUUGAUGUGGUGUAUACAUGGCACGAAAGAAUUUCUUAUUUAGUAUGAGGCUAACUAGUGCCAAUUGAUGACCUCUUAAUCAUGCUUUUUGAUGUGUAAGAUGAAUAAAGAUUGAGAGUUUUUGUAUUGGAAAUUGUAUUAUUUUUGUACGAUGAUAAAUAAGGGUUUUUGUGACUAAGAAAAAACAAAAAGCAAAAAACAAAAAACAAAAA